AUGAAUUCGUCCAACGGUCCCGUCAAAGAACAUGGAAAGCGUCGUGUCGCUUACUACUAUGAUUCAAACAUCGGCAAUUACUACUAUGGACAAGGACACGUAAUGAAGCCACACAGGAUACGGAUGACCCAUCAUCUAUUGCUGAACUAUGGUGUAUAUAGAGAUCUUGAAGUUUAUCGGCCGUUCCCAGCCACAUUCGAGGAAAUGACCCGCUUCCAUAGCGAAGAAUAUAUGAGCUUCUUGAAGUGCGCAAGUCCGGACAAUUUGAAGCUUUAUAAUAAACAAAUGCUAAAGUUCAAUGUUGGCGAGGAUUGUCCGCUAUUUGAUGGUUUGUAUGAGUUCUGUCAGCUGAGCAGCGGUGGAUCUUUGGCGGCAGCAGUCAAACUUAACAAAAGGAAAGCCGAUAUAGCUAUCAAUUGGAUGGGAGGUCUUCAUCAUGCGAAAAAGAGUGAAGCAAGUGGAUUUUGUUACACAAAUGAUAUUGUGCUUGGUAUACUAGAACUGCUAAAGUAUCAUAAAAGGGUACUUUACGUUGACAUUGAUGUACAUCAUGGAGAUGGUGUUGAGGAAGCAUUUUAUACCACUGAUCGUGUCAUGACCGUAUCAUUUCACAAGUACGGUGACUUCUUUCCAGGAACAGGCGAUCUCAAGGAUAUUGGUGCCGGUAAGGGGCGUCUUUAUUCGCUCAAUGUUCCACUGAAAGAUGGCAUCACUGAUGACGCAUAUCAGAGCAUCUUCAAGCCUGUGAUGACAAAAGUAAUGGAACGAUUCCAACCAUGCGCUGUUGUUCUGCAGUGUGGUGCUGAUUCAUUGAAUGGCGAUCGUCUUGGUCCAUUCAAUUUGACGCUGAGAGGUCAUGGAGAAUGUGUGAAGUUCUUCCGAGCACAGAAUAUCCCUUUGAUGAUGGUCGGAGGCGGUGGAUAUACUCCACGUAAUGUUGCUCGUUGUUGGACCUACGAAACCACGCUCGCAGUUGAUCGCGAGGUUCCCGAUGAUUCCUUCUUCCAGAACUACCUUAUAACGACUAUUUUGAAUACUUCGGCCCUAACUACCGUUUACAUAUUGAUCCUUCAAGUGCUACAAACGAAAACACACCAGACAGUCAUUCAAAACCUUGAGAAGCUUGCAUUCGCUCCAAGUGUCCAAAUGCAACCUGUACCCGAGGACGCUAUCAAAGUGUUGAACGACUCCAGCCUUGGCCAGGAUAUGGCAGAUCCUGAUGUCCGCUUGCAUAGAUCGAUUAUGGAUGGUGCAACACAGGAUGCUGGAGAGUUCUAUGAUGGCGAAAACGAAGGCGAUGAUCGACGAAAUGAGAGUAGUGCCAAAAGAGCCGCUGACAUGCCAGCACAGGAUCAAGUUGAAGCCAAAAAGAUGAAGACUGACGAACCAAAGGUCACACUAUGA